UGCAGUUAGCGGAAAUGUUGACAUGAAAAUUUAACGGGAGGUCUGGAUUAUCGAAUUUAUUUCCAUCGAUAGAACAUAUUCCUGUAUAAUAAUAGAACGCUAUAGUCGUUGGCCGGUAAUAGCUAAUCAGGGGAGGCAUGUUGCAAAUAACGCAACAGUUUUUUUUCCUUCGACCUUCUCAGAGAAUAUCAAGAAUGCAUCGAGUUAAAACUGUGUUUACGUGAACUAGCGGUGUCGAGCUGAACGUUUGUUGUUGUUAUAGGUUAUUUCGUGAACCUCCUAACUAAUGUCAAAUCGCUUGAUAGCUGUGCUAUUGCAAAAGCUGGCAUUUCAGGACAAAUCAUUGCUGUCUUCCCUGAAAUGGACACUCCAAAUACACUACCCAAUAUUACUGCUGGUCUCAGAGCAAUGACACUGUCCUUAUCCUGCUCCUUGUCAACAUAACUAGCUGAGCUAAACUUUCCCGGUUUAGUUUUCUAUGACACUCAAAACUUAUGCUCGACUAGAUUCGUUGGAAUCGCUCCUCCACGAACUUCCCUGUAUGUUUUAUCUGGGCCUGUUUUUUGUGAACGUUUUGAUCCUCUACUAUGCCUUUCUAAUGGAAUACAUCGUCCUGAAUGUGGGGAUAGUGUUUCUACCGGAAGAUAUGGACCAGGCGCUGGUGGACCUCGGGGUACUAUCUGACCCGGCCUCUGUCCCUUACGACACGGACACAGAACUCGAUGUUUUCGAGAGGUACCUGGAGUGAGCUGAGGCCCAAGGCUAGAGAGGCAGAGAGAAGCGCCGCUGCACCGGCAUGCUCCGCCGGGGUGAACUGGACUCCUACCGGCCUGUGGUGAUGAUGAUGAUGAUGAUGAUGAUGAUGUUGGGAGAGACUGAUACUGGGAACUCCAGGAGGAGGAUAUUUGUCUUGGCUUGGAGCAACAUUGGCUGCAGGAUGAAAAAGUUGUCAAGGCUCAAGACCAGAUAUCUGGAGAGAGUCAGAACCAACAGACAGACAGGACAAUUCACAGCAGAGUUACCUGUCAAAACUGUCUUAACUAGCCAAUCAACAAGCAGAACUGUCUAACUGUGGCCAAUCAACAAGCAGAACUGUCAAACUGUGUCCAAUCAACAAGCAGAACUGUCUAACUGGCCAAUCAACUACCAGAACUGUCGAACUGUGUCCAGUUAACAUGAAGAACUGUCUAACUGGCCAAUCAACAAGCAGACCUGUCUAACUGUGGCCAAUCAACAAGCAGGACUGUCUAACUGUGGCCAAUCAACAAGCAGACCUGUCUAACUGUGGCCAAUCAACAAGCAGACCUGUCUAACUGUGGCCAAUCAACAAGCAGGACUGAUUAACUGUGGCCAAUCAACAAGCAGACCUGUCUAACUGUGGCCAAUCAACAAGCAGACCUGUCUAACUGUGGCCAAUCAACAAGCAGGACUGACUAACUGUGGCCAAUCAACAAGCAGACAUGUCUAACUGUGGCCAAUCAACAAGCCGGACUGUCUAACAAUCAACAAGCAGACCUGUCUAACUGGCCAAUCAACAAGCCGGACUGUCUAACAAUCAACAAGCAGACCUGUCUAACUGGCCAAUCAACAAGCCGGACUGUCUAACAAUCAACAAGCAGACCUGUCUAACUGGCCAAUCAACAAGCAGGACUGUCUAACUGGCCAAUCAACAAGCAGACCUGUCUAACUGGCCAAUCAACUAGCAGGACUGUGACUGGCCAAUCAACUAGCAGGACUGUGACUGGCCAAUCAACAAGCAGGACUGUCUAACUGGCCAAUCAACAAGCAGGACUGUCUAACUGGCCAAUCAACAAGCAGCACUGUCUAACUGGCCAAUCAACAAGCAGACCUGUCUAACUGUGGCCAAUCAACAAGCAGACCUGUCUAACUGUGGCCAAUCAACCAGCAGGUCUGUCUAACUGGCCAAUCAACUAGCAGGACUGUGACUGGCCAAUCAACAAGCAGGACUGUCUAACUGGCCAAUCAACAAGCAGGACUGUCUAACUGGCCAAUCAACAAGCAGAACUGUCUAACUGGCCAAUCAACAAGCAGAACUGUCUAACUGGCCAAUCAACAAGCAGACCUGUCUAACUGGCCAAUCAACAAGCAGACUUGUCUAACUGGCCAAUCAACAAGCAGAACAUUGCGCGAUCAGGGGACAACGGCACACUAACUCUGACCCUAGAGAACUGACCUAGGAUCAGUCAACCUGACAGGACUGUAGUGCUUACUAACUCUGACCCUAGAGAACUGACCUAGGAUCAGUCAACCUGACAGGACUGUAGUGCUUACUAACUCUGACCCUAGAGAACUGACCUAGGAUCAGUCAACCUGACAGGACAGCACUGUCGUGCUUACUAACUCUGGCCCUAGAGAACUGACCUAGGAUCAGUCAACCUGACAGCACUGUAGUGCUUACUAACUCUGACCCUAGAGAACUGACCUAGGAUCAGUCAACCUGACAGGACUGUAGUGUUUACUAACUCUGACCCUAGAGAACUGACCUAGGAUCAGUCAACCUGACAGCACUGUAGUGUUUACUAACUCUGACCCUAGAGAACUGACCUAGGAUCAGUCAACCUGACAGAACUGUAGUGUUUACUAACUCUGACCCUAGAGAACUGACCUAGGAUCAGUCAACCUGACAGGACUGUAGUGUUUACUAACUCUGACCCUAGAGAACUGACCUAGGAUCAGUCAACCUGACAGCACUGUAGUGUUUACUAACUCUGACCCUAGAGAACUGACCUAGGAUCAGUCAACCUGACAGGACAGCACUGUAGCGCUUACUAACUCUGACCCUAGAGAACUGACCUAGGAUCAGUCAACCUGACAGGACUAUAGUGCUUACUAACUCUGACCCUAGAAAACUGACCUAGGAUCAGUCAACCUGCUUCAGGUUCUUCUACACUUCUGUUAAAGACUGUUUUAAACAACCAGGAAACCAGCAGUUAUUUCUGGUUGUAUAUCAGCGCCAUCUGGCUUAGUUCAUUGAUCCUGCUUUUGUAUCUUACCCCUGAGGAGGAGUGGACUGGAGAAGUGUUGUGUUAUUAAGAGAUGUGUGGUAUGAAAAACAUUUGACAGAUUGUGGUCAGGUCCUCCCCUUCCUCCUCCUCUUCCUCCUACCUGUCCCGUCUCUCGUCGUUCAUCUAGGCCACUGUAACGGGUGUGAACAAACACAGGUGACUCUUGUUUAGUACCGAUCUAGGAUCAGCGUGCGGGGGGGCGGGCAGGAAGUGACCGUUAGAUCGGUGCCUGUAGACUCUAGAGGCAGCUUCACCUUGCUCUGACUCUGACUCUCUCAAAGGCGAGAGGUCUAUGUUCAUGUUGUGUCUGCCAAUCAAUAAUCAAUAAUACUGUAUCAGCUUGGUCCUGAUCAAUAACCCACCACUGACCAGCUGCUGGCAGUCACCAGGCUGCUUCCCUGCUAGGCUCCUCCCCACCUGAAUAACAUCUCCCAGCGUGCAUUGGGCUGGACGGCUGAAGUACCUGGUGACUUUACUGCUAAUGUCAAUCAACCUCUACUCUAUAACGGCUCAUAAGGGAUUAGACUGGGUUUAUAAUGCAGUGUUGUUCCUCUGCUCUGCCGGCUGUGUAUUAUAAUGGAGGGGGGGAGUCUCACCCCACCCACCUGUAGAUGGCAGGAACACCCACCUGGGGGGUGGGACACCCUGGGGCCUUUACGGCAAUAGAAGGCUCUGAUGCCAUACCCCCCCCCCACCUGUAGAUAGCAGUAACACCCCCCCCCCCAAACCACCUG